AUGGAUACAAACUGGGAUGCCAAUUUUCCCGAGUUGCUCAGAGUUUGUGAUCAUGAAUAUGCAAGAGAAGUUAAGUUCAUUCAACCGGAACUUAGAUAUGCGGCUAAAGCGUUAGAGACGAAACCAAUAUUCGCCCUGGAAAUACCCUAUCCAUUGCUAAGGGAAUGGCACAAAAUGAUCACUGAGGACACCUCUGAGACAACAAAAGGUAGAGCAAGAGAGGCCUUAAAUGACAGGGUCAAGAAGUCAGUCCACAUUUUUGAGGGCCAGGAGAGCGAAAUCAAUGAAUGGAGAACUAAAAACAAGAACAUUGAACAGGAAAAAGAGGAGUUAUUCAAAGAAAUGACUCAGACUAUUGAGGAGAAGGAUAGAGUUAUUAGUUACCUACAAAACACAAAUAAGCAAUUGGAAGAAUAUUUGGUUUAUCUGGAAAAAUUAUCUAUUAAUGCUGAAUUCAAAGGGAAGCCAGUUUCUUCCAGUCAAAACAAAGCAAGAAAAUUAAAAAACUUUCUCACUAGGGCUGAAACUGCUCUUUGGUUCAGCAAAUAUUUUGAAUUAGACAUUAAAAGGAUUUUGGUAAAGGAGAGUGACUCAGGUGUGAAACACACCUUAUCCAUUAAGAAAAUUUUGCCUUGUGAUUUGGCAGGACCAAAUGAGCAAGCAACCACCCUGAAGUACAAUUCCCUCUCUGAGGAAGAAAAAAAGCAAGUCGAAGAAAUACUCUUCCUCUUGGACAAGUUUUGUGUGGGUGAUUCUUUUGUCCAUGAACUUACUAUGGUCACAGAUGGUCUUCCAAAGUCAUAUCUGAUUCAGCAAUGCAGAGCUAAUUUAAAUAAGCUAUGCCACAUAGACAGCCUACUAGGAAAAGCACCUGAGGCAAAAGUUAGUGCUGUUAAGGAGCUUAUCAAGGAGCAUGUAGUAGAGUACCUGAGAGAAAACCCAGCAACUGAAAAAAUCCAAAUCAAUAUAAAUGGUGAUGGGGCUCGUAUGACUCGGAAUUCCAGCUUUGUAUUGUUGUCCUUUUCAAUUUUACAGACAGGUCAUCAAGUUAUGACAGCCAAAGGAAACAGAACUCUUGCUAUCCUUAAUGGGAAAGAAGACUAUACCUCUCUCAAAGAGUCCUUUGGAAACAUUUUUAGUGAAAUUAACUGUAUCAUUACAGAAGCUAAAGUCACUGUUGGCCAUACUGAAAUCAAAACAGAAUUUUUCCUUGGUGGUGACUACAAAUUCAUUCUUAUCAUGUUAGGUUUAAAUGGAGCAACAGCUAACUACGCAUGUGCAUGGUGUAAGUUCCACAAGGAUGACAGAUGGAACACAGAUGAACAUUUCACUUAAUUCAAUUCAAAGCCACUAUCAAGGUCUUUACAGUAAAUGAGAGAAAUAUGAAAAAAAUCAAGGAUAAUUAUGGCUGCUGUAAGGAACCCUUUCUGCACAUUGAGUUGGACCAUAUUAUUGUUGAUAAACUUCACCUCUUUUUAAGAAUAACUGAUGUGUCAACUUCCAAUUUAAUAACAGAAGUUAUUGAUUGGGAUAUGGAGGAGAGUAUUCUAAACACCAGCAACAAACAGGGACACCUAAAUAAGUUGAUUAACAGCAUAAGGUCUUGUGGAGUAUCUUUCAAUAUUUGGAAAAGAACGAAUGCAGAUGGCAAAGAAAGUUCUGUUCACGACUGGACAAGUCUCAUGGGAAACGAUAAGAAAGCACUGCUGUAUCACCUUUCAGAGAAAAUGACUGUUUUCUUGAGGCCUGAAACU